AUGACGACAACGGCGAAGGGGGCUGCGGGAAAGGCGCAGGAUCCGUCAGAGUUGGUCUAUGAGACAGUGCCCCUGACGGCACAGCUCGCUGAGCAGCCAAAGGGCGUAGCAGGGAAGCUCGAGGGGCAUGCAUUGUGGGACAGCGUGGGCAGGCCGAAGUAUGUCGUUGCGCCCAUGGUAGACCAGAGCGAGCUGGCCUGGCGAAUUCUCUCCCGAGCACACGGCGCCAACCUCUGCUACACCCCCAUGUUCCACGCCGCCCUCUUCUCCAGCACCGACCGCUACCAGCAAGAAAUGUUUGACCUCUCGCCUGACUCGCUCGAAGGUGUUGCGCCCUACGACCGCCCGCUUGUCGUCCAGUUCUGCGCGAACGACAAGGAUCAGUUCCUGGCGGCGGCGAGGAAGGUCGAGGGCAAGUGCGAUGCGGUAGACCUCAACUUGGGAUGUCCGCAGGGGAUCGCCAAGCGAGGGCGGUACGGCGCGUUCUUGAUGGAGGAGUGGAACCUCAUCCGCGAUCUCAUCUCGCACCUCCACAAGAACCUCGCAACCCCCAUCAUCGCCAAGAUGCGGGUCUACCCAACGCUCGCCAAAACCCUCCACUACGCCUCCCACGUCUACUCCUCCGGCGCCCAGCUACUCACCAUCCACGGCCGGACGCGCGACAUGAAAGGCCAGCAGACCGGGCUCGCCUCGUGGGACAAGAUCCGCGAAGUCGUUAAGCUUGUCUCGCCCAAGGUGCCGGUGCUCGCGAACGGCGGGUGCCCGAGCGCGGAGGAGGUCCAGCCUUGUUUGGAUCAGACCGGCGCGUAUGCGGUCAUGUCGGCCGAGGGGAACCUCUACAACCCGUUCGGCCUCUUCCGCGACAACGCAGCGGAAGGAGGGGCGUACGUCGAGAAGCUUCCUGAGCCAAUGCAGUCGGCCUUCAAGGCGUGCGAGGACGAGCUGGAUUUGACUGGCGCAGGGUGGGAUCGGGACAACGCCGCGUACGCUCCAGCGACGUUCGUCGCGUCCGAGUACCUCGCGAUCGUGCGGACGCUGCCGUCGACCAAAACGGCUACGAGUGCGAUCAAGGCGCAUCUCUACAAGCUGUUCAGGCCCGUGUGGGCGGCGGGCAGGCACCUCGAGAUGAGGGAGAAGCUUGGGCGGGCAGGCGGAGGAGCGGGCGUCCUCGAGUAUGCCGAGCGGGUCACGCAGUACCAGGCUUGGGUCGACGACUUCCGGGAACUGAUCAAGAUGGACCGCGCAUCCGGCCUCCUCCCGCCCGACACAAACCGCCCACUCACCCACCCCGAAGUCCUCACACUCUUCAACGGCGUCGUACCCUACUCGCAUUGUCAGCCGUAUCUGAGGGUGACGAAGCCCGUCGAGGGAAAGGAGGAGGACGAGUUGAAGAAGGUUGAUGGUGAGGCGAAGAGGAAGAGGGACGCGGAGGAGGGACUGGUCAUCGCUAGUGGCGCGACAGACGGCCCGCUCGACGACGCCUCGAAGCGCCUCAAGCCCUCCCCUCCCUCACCCGCACCCGCCUCAAUCGACCCAACAGCACCCACGACCUCCGCCCCUCCCCGACCCGCAACCACCUCCUGCCCCGGCGUCCCCGCCCACUACUCGUGCUCCAACGUGCUCAGCACAAAGUGCUCGCACGGGCUGUGCAAGGCGUGUUGCGCGCUCUCCCGAUCUUCUGGCGAGGCGGGCAAGGGGUGUGAGUUUCAUGAGGAGAAGGAGCGGAAAGAGGAGGCGGAGAAGGAGAGACGGAGGGAGUUGAGUAGGCUCAAGAGGGAGAGGGGGGAGCAGCGCGUGAGGGAGAAUGAGGAGAGGGUCAAGAGGGAGGCGGAGGAGAAGAGGAGGAAGAGGGAGGAGGAGAGGGCGAGGAUCCCGGGCGAGGACGAGAAGGAGGAGAAGCGUGCGUAG